UUCCUGCUUUGGUGUCUCUCUUGCAAGGGCUGCCUCGCUCUGCCCUCCUGGGAUCUGGUGAGUCUCCUCUCUCUCUGGGAUCUGGUGGGGGUCCCAGGGCUGCAGCAGGGGAGGGGGCUGGGGGGACCCCAAGUCAGGGAGGAGAGGGUCCUGCCAGGGAGGGGCCAGGUCUGCCACGCUCUCCUUCCUGCAGAUCAGAGGAUCCCAAACUCAUUUGGCCUUUCAGAAGAAAAUGACUCCCACGAAAUCUCAUUUCUUUAAAGAAAGGAGUCCCUGGUCUUUAACUCUGUGUGUCAUCGCUCAUCCUCAUUACACAACAGAGGGAACAAAUGUGCAAAUGGUUUUCCAAAGCUGGUGGAGGAGGUGGACACUAGCCCCCCCCCCAAAAAAAAGGUGGGAGAGAAAGGCCAGGAGUAAAGAGAGGGAUCCCAGCCCAGAGUCCGGCUGCUGCAUUGGGGACCAGUUUCCCAGUGUCUCCCAGGGCAGCUCCCCACGGAGGCCACUGCAGCAAUCCCCUCGCACCCAGAGCAGGGCAUCCCAGGACCACAUCCUCUCUCUCCCAAAGGGAUUGUUGCUGGAAAACCAGCCGGAAAUGGGCGCUGCUACUCACUGAGCCUCCAGGGACCUUGGCAUCAAUGUCUCUCUGUGUGUUAAGCUAUCUAACAGAAUACUAAUACUAAAUUACACACCUAAAUUUCAAGGGAGGUGUCUUUGGCCUCAUCCACUUGGCCCUCAGGGGUUGGCCAGAUACAUACCUGGCCCUCGGGGCAAAGAAAAAGUGUCCCCACCCCAGGAAUCUGUCUGGCAAGCGGCAGACAGUACAGAAAAGGAGACAGAAGCAGGGAGUGGAGGUGAGGGUGGGGGUGGGGAGCAACUCCUGAGACCCCCAGAUGAGGACCCCCACUAGAGCUAAACAUCCAUUUUUCACAAGAUACAAAUAACUCCCUUGUCAGUCGGUUCUGACUUCAUGCAUUGACUGAAAGGCAGCAGAAACCAGGAUGAUCUCAAAGAAAUCCCUUUAGUUGCCUCCACAUUUUGCAUUGCUAGAAGGAUAGAGACUUAUUUCUUCUCCUCUUCCUCCUCCUCUUUCUUUUCAAAAAGAUAGCUCAUGGUCUGAGAUACGGUGCAGUCCAGCCCUGGUUCCCAGCAAGACUCAUCCAUGCUUUCUUAGGGAACCAUUUCCCCUCCCCCCCCCCCCCCCGUCCUUCAGAUUUUGUAACAAAACAUUGUAUUUGCUUUGUAGGAUUUGCUAGAGCUUCUCAUUUAGACGGACAGAACUUGGCAGAAGACCAAAGGGUUCCUUCCGAUCUCUUAGAGGCUUCCUGAGAGCACAGAUGGAUGAGCAAGACACAGCUGGCCCUAGAGCAGGAAGAGGCCAUGCCAUCCAAACUGGGAGCAGUGGGGGGUUAUGGGAAAACUCUGCGCAGAAGAUCCUGAGUGAGGAGGACACCCUCCGCUCAGAGGUGCAGAGCCAGCAGGUGAGGCAGUUCUGCUGCCAGGAGGCCAAAGGACCCCGAGAGGUUUGCAGCCGACUCUACCACCUUGACCAUCAGUGGCUGAAGCCAGAAAGGCACACGAAAGCUGAGAUGCUGGACCUGGUGAUCUUGGAGCAGUUCCUGGCUGUUCUUCCACCAGAGAUGGAGAGCUGGGUGAGGGAGUGCGGAGCAGAGACCAGUUCGCAGGCAGUGGCCCUGGCCGAAGGUUUCCUCCUGAGUCAGGCAGAGGAGAGAAAGCAGGCAGAGAGAAAGCAGGUGAGAGAGACUUUCCUAUGGAUACUCCCAAGGGGCUCCAAACAGGACAGAGAACAUCCCAUAAUGGUCUGCUGAUGGCCCAUCCUUUUUCUGGGAAGGCAUCCAUGGAAUGAGAUCUCGUACUCUUCAAGUCUUUGUCAUUCUCUUUCUAGUAUUUCUCCCCAUUCUCUGUUUUGAAUCCUUGUUUCUUUUUCAGGGAAAGGAUCUCUUUGCAGAAAUGGACCUGGAUUCCUGUGAGGCAGAGAGGCCUCCGUUGGACACCAGAGAGAGGCAACUGGGUAAGGAGGAAGGUGGUUUUUCUCCGUUUGGUCUCAUUCUGUUGGUUUUCCAACUCAUCUGUGGGUGCUUUUCAUCUUGUUUUGGGGGAGACAGUUGGGAACAAGGGUCCAGAGAAAGGGAGAUGAAUUUCUGCACAAACAAACAUAUGAAAUGGGCAGAAACCUCCAAAUGCACUCAGCGGGUGAGGCUUUCUCAAAGGCCCAUCUGUAGUUAGAGAUGCCCUGUUUCACCUGUGAGAGAAGCAGGCACUCCUGGCGUCUUGCUUAUGUUUUUUCUCUUGCAGGUGACGGAAUGAUGCUGGCAAGACCUCCCUAUCCGCCUUUUCAUGGGGGCAGAAGGGGAGCAGCGGCUGUGGAACCAGAUCAGGUCAGGGGAAGCUGCCUUGUGGGGACAGAGGCCGAGGGAUGGAGCAAUGUCAUGGACUGGUUGGGCACAGAGGAAUGGUGGAAGGAAGCAGCCGGGAAACCAGGAAGGGAGGACGUCUUAGAGCCCAAGGAGUGGAGGUGGAGGAAGGAUGAGCGGUCAGAGGGAGAAGAGGGAGAAGCCUGGGAAGAGGAGGUGUCAGAAGCUGAAGGGGUAACAGGGAUUAGUGAGCUGGGAGACUCUGUGGCAGAAUGCAGUCCAGAAUCAGAGGCAGAAGAGGAAGGAGGUGAGUGGGCAGAGGGAGGGCAAGAGACAGAGUUGAGUCAGGAGAAGGCGGAGCCACUGGUGGCUCCCUCUCCUUUUGCCAGAAGCCACCCUCCCUGCUUGUCUCUCAGAGCCAGGAGACCAAAAUAGGCUUAUUUUAAUUGUAGAUUGAUCACUGAAUGCUAAAAUUGUUUUCUAAGGAGUGGACAAAUGAGAACAAAUAGUGGCCUGGAUUCACCUAACCAGCCCCAUCGGAUGAAAAAUGGGGCCUGCCCCCCAUUCCUCCCCCUCUCCAUGCUCCCAGGAACCCCUUGAAUUUGAUUUUACAGCAUUGGGAGGGAACUCCCUAGAACAGCACAUGAGGAGAGGAGAAAGUGGAUCCUUCCAUCUGGCAAACUGGAAUCCCUGCAUAGGCAGAAUGAUUUGAAAACCACAUGUGGAGAUCCACCUAUUUGCACAAAGAUGAAUACCCAUAAUUAAAAUGCAGAAUAAAAUAAGCACCCAUAAUUAAAAUGUGCUGCAAAACAAUCCUAUUGAAACAACACCGCAAUUUACAGGAAGGAAACCACAGAGCAUUGUAGAGCAGAUCAUAUUUCUGCAGUCUCAGAGGAGGACAUUUCCCUUUUUCUUUUAGGGUCCAGUCUGCUUUGAAGAUGUCGCUGUUCGUUUCACGGACGAGGAGUGGGAGUUGCUGGAUCCUGACCAGAGAACUCUGCAUAAGGACGUCAUGGAGGAGAAUCGUGGGAUCGUGGCCUCUCUUGGUAAGGCUCCCUGUGGGCUCGUCCUAUAUGCCAGGAAAUUCCAAAAAUACCUCUAUGAGACGAACCUCAUAAAUUUUUACAGAUCUCAACAGCACUCCCUAUAACACCUGGGAACCUAACACCCCCACAAUAAAGAGUAACUUACAGUUUUUUCUUUGAAAAAUCUUCCUCAAAUUAUUCCUUUUUCUACCACGAUUGGGCUGGUCUGAACUGCCCAGGCCAUCUUAAAUGUCAGCUUCAGAAUUGUUAGGAAAGAUAAGUAGCUUCAGGUUUUCUGUUUUCGUUUUUGCUCCUGUCAGUCUUGGGUUGACCAAAGAGACGACUGACAUUGGAGAUGGAGCGGAUGCCAUGACUGGGCCAACCAAAAUCCAUGCCAGAGAAGAGCUAGACUUAUUGAAUUUCAGGUAGAAGUAGCAGUGGUGGUGAUGAUGAUGAUGAUGAUGAUGAUGAUACAGUGGUACCUCAGUUUACAAACGUAAUCUUUUCCAGAAGAGGACUGUUCUUAAAUCAAGAUACCACUGUAGUAAUAAUAACAAUAACAAUAAUAAUAAUAAUUUAUCCCCUGCCCAUCUUACUGGGUUGCUCCAGCCACUCUGGGCGGCUUCCAACAUACAUAUAAACAUGAAACAUAAAUAAUAAUAAUCUGAUCCCAUAUAAAAAGAACAUUAACUUUAAAAUGAACAGCUUAUACUAGUGGCCAAAAUUGUGGAAACCUUUUGUGAAAAGUGUAUUUCUGAGGUUUGAUGGCUCAUAACACCACUUUUGUGUGGAGUAAUACCAUAAAAUUAUAUAGCAAUGGAAAGAUAAUUUAAUGAAGAAUGUAAUGCAAUGAAUUUUAUGAAGGAGUAUUUAUUAGAACAGCAGUCAUAAAGAAAAAACGUGAAACCUUUGGUAACCAUUGGUAACGUUUAGCUUUAAUUACGGCCUUACAACGCCUUCCCAUGAAGUGAACCAAGUUUUUAGUUCUGCAGCUGUAAUAAUGUGAAACCAAGACUGAAUUAUUGCCUCUGUUAAUUGGGCUUUAUUGCUGGGUUGCUUCUGACUAACAAGUUUCUUUAGUCGGCUCUAUAGAUUUCCGAUUGGGUUAAAGUUUGGGCUGUUCCGAGGCCAUUCCAGCAGUGAAAUAUCAUUAUCUUGAAAGCAUCUUUUGCACACAGCAGCAACACGACAUAGAGCUGAAUCCUGUUGAAAUAAUACAUAAAAAUAAAAAUUUAUAAAUAUAUAUAAAUGCUUCAGUAUCUGGGAAAAGAUCACCUGCGGAACACUUCAGUUUGGGCUCAAGUAUUUUGUUUAUGCAUUUUGGAGCAUUUAUAUUCCCAUUAAUGAUGCAAAUUCUGCCCACACCUUUUGCUGCCAUACAACCCCAGAUCAUCACACUGUCUGGGUGUUUCACAGUCAGUGAAUCAUAGAAUCAUAGAAUCAUAGAGUUGGGAGAGACCACAAGGGCCAUCGAGUCCAACCCCCUGCCAAGCAGGAAACACCAUCAGAGCACUCCUGACAUAUGGUUGUCAAGCCUCUGCUUAAAGACCUCCAAAGAAGGAGACUCCACCACACUCCUUGGCAGCAAAUUCCACUGUCGAACAGCUCUUACUGUCAGGAAGUUCUUCCUAAUGUUUAGGUGGAAUCUUCUUUCUUGUAGUUUGGAUCCAUUGCUCCGUGUCCGCUUCUCUGGAGCAGCAGAAAACAACCUUUUCCCUCCUCUAUAUGACAUCCUUUUAUAUAUUUGAACAUGGCUAUCAUAUCACCCCUUAACCUCCUCUUCUCCAGGCUAAACAUGCCCAGCUCUCUUAGCCGUUCCUCAUAAGGCAUUGUUUCCAGACCUUUGACCAUUUUGGUUGCCCUCCUCUGGACACGUUCCAGUUUGUCAAUGUCCUUCUUGAACUGUGGUGCCCAGAACUGGACACAGUACUCCAGGUGAGGUCUGACCAGAGCAGAAUACAGUGGCACUAUUACUUCCCUUGAUCUAGAUGCUAUACUCCUAUUGAUGCAGCCCAGAAUUGCAUUGGCUUUUUUAGCUGGCGCGUCACACUGUUGGCUCAUGUCAAGUUUGUGGUCAACCAAGACUCCUAGAUCCUUUUCACAUGUACUGCUCUCAAGCCAGGUGUCCCCAUCUUGUAUUUGUGCCUCUCAUUUUUUUGCCCAAGUGCAAUACUUUACAUUUCUCCCUGUUAAAAUUCAUCUUGUUUGUUUUGGCCCAGUUCUCUAAUCUGUCAAGGUCGUUUUGAAGUGUGAUCCUGUCCUCUGGGGUGUUAGCCACCCCUCCCAGUUUGGUGUCAUCUGCAAAUUUGAUCAGGAUGCCCUUGAGUCCAUCAUCCAAGUUGUUGAUAAAGAUGUUGAAUAAGACCAGGCCCAAGACAGAACCCUGUGGCACCCCACUAGUCACUCUUCUCCAGGAUGAAGAGGAACCAUUGAUGAGCACCCUUUGGGUUCGGUCAGUCAGCCAGUUACAAAUCCACUGAGUGGUAGCAUAGUCAAGACCACAUUUUACCAGCUUCUUUACAAGAAUAUCAUGAGGCACCUUGUCAAAUGCCUUGCUGAAAUCAAGGUAGGCUACAUCCACUGCGUUCCCUUCAUCUACCAGGCUUGUAAUUCUGUCAAAAAACGAGAUCAGGUUAGUCUGACAUGACUUAUUUUUCAGAAAUCCAUGCUGACUAUUGGUGAUCACAGCAUUCCUUUCUAGGUGCAGUGUAAUGCAAGUAGGAUGUAAAUCUUAUCUGAUUCUUCUCCUCGGGUAUUUCAUGCCAUCACUACCAAGCAAGGAAAUUUGGGUCUCAUUGCUCCAAAUAACACUGUUCCACUGUUCUGCUGUCCAGUUAACAUGGGUUUAAUCUUUUCAACCUUUGCUUGAGAGAUAACAAUGGCUUUUUCUUAGAAUUCUAACAUUUAGACCAGUCCUUGCACUCAACUUCACAUUACAUUGCACCAUGUCAUCUUAUAUCCACCCAGAUGAUAUUCUUCUUUCAUGUAGGGACAGUCUCUUCAGUCUUCGAUCGUCACUUGCCUUUGUGCACCUUUUCCUGCCUUUACCACUCUGAUUUUGUAGUGACUGAGUCUCUUUAUACCUCUUCAAAAAUAUAGAAAGGCCAGCUUUGGUGUAGUUUUUCCCAAUCUUUCAUCUAAUUUCUUCAUAACUGUAGCCUUGUUCACUUAAUAGUACAAUUUUACAUCACUUUCUGGGUGAUUAGUCAACUCUUUGUGCCAUUUCUUUAAUUUGAUUAUGUUUUUCAACCUCACUAAAUGACCAACUUGAUAGCAAUCACAUAAGACACUGACAAAAGUCAACCUAAGCAAGUUGUGCUUCCUUUUUCUGGUUAUUUGGCUAUAAGGUUUGAUAAAAUAUAGGUAAUUGAACAAACUUUGUUGGAUUGCAUUCUUGAUUACAUUCUUGAUCAAAUUAUCUUUCCAUUGAUAUAUCAAUUUAUAAUAUUACUACAAAAGAAGAACUACACUUUUUUUCAAAAGUCUUCCACAAUUUUAACCACUACUUUAUAUCAAACAAAGCAACAUUCAGCAACUCAUCAGAAUCUCAUAAUAAAUAUGUUGGUUAAUGACAAACAACACAGGUCAUGAACACACACCCAACUCCCUUCAGUUCUUCUCGAUUUGUUCCUAAGGCUCUAAUCCCUUUUUGUCUCCAUUGCAGAUUGUGAUGAAUCGGAAAUUGAGAACAAAGGUGACCACGAUAAAAUCCCCAGGGAGGAGAAGCCAUGUAGAAAUUUGGAGUGUGGAGAAAGCUGCAGUCAAAACUCCCAUUCCACUUCCCAUCAACAAAAUAUCAUUGGAAAGAAAGUUUGUCACUGCAUAGAAUGUGGAAAGAGAUUCAGUCAGAGCUCCAAUCUCACUUCCCAUCAAAGAAUUCAUACAGGGGAGAAACCCUAUCAGUGUGUGGAAUGUGGAAAGAGCUUCACUCAUAGCUCCUCUCUCACUUCCCAUCACAGAAUUCAUACAGGGGAGAAACCCUAUCAGUGUGUGGAAUGUGGAAAGAGCUUCAGUCAGAGCUACUCUCUCACUUCCCAUCAAAGAAUUCAUACAGGGGAGAAACCCUAUCAGUGUGUGGAAUGUGGAAAGAGCUUCACUCAUAGCUCCUCUCUCACUUCCCAUCACAGAAUUCAUACAGGUGAGAAACCCUAUCAGUGUGUGGAAUGUGGAAAGAGCUUCACUCAUAGCUCCUCUCUCACUUUCCAUCAAAGAAUUCAUACAGGGGAGAAACCCUAUCAGUGUGUGGAAUGUGGAAAGAGCUUCACUCAUAGCUCCUCUCUCACUUUCCAUCACAGAAUUCAUACAGGUGAGAAACCCUAUCAGUGUGUGGAAUGUGGAAAGAGCUUCACUCAUAGCUCCUCUCUCACUUUCCAUCACAGAAUUCAUACAGGGGAGAAACCCUAUCAGUGUAUGGAAUGUGGAAAGAGCUUCGGGAAGAGCUCCAAUCUCACUUCCCAUCAAAGAAUUCAUACAGGGGAGAAACCCUAUCAGUGCGUUGAAUGUGGAAAGAGCUUCACUACUAGCUCCUCUCGCGCUUUCCAUCAAAGAAUUCAUACAGGGGAGAAACCCUAUCAGUGUGUGGAAUGUGGAAAGAGCUUCAGGAAGAGCUCCGAUCUCACUUUCCAUCAAAAAAUUCAUACAGGGGAGAAACCCUAUCAGUGUGUGGAAUGUGGAAAGAGCUUCAGGAAGAGCUCCGAUCUCACUUUCCAUCAAAAAAUUCAUACAGGGGAGAAACCCUAUCAGUGUGUGGAAUGGGGAAAGAGCUUUACUCAUAGCUCCUCUCUCACUUCCCAUCACAAAAUUCAUACAGGGGAGAAACCCUACAAGUGUAUGGAAUGUGGAAAGAGCUUCAGGAAGAGCUCCAAUCUCACUUCCCAUCGAAGAAUUCAUACAGGGGAGAAAGCCUAUCAGUGCGUUGAAUGUGGAAAGAGCUUCACUAAUAGCUCCUCUCUCGCUUUCCAUCAAAGAAUUCAUACAGGGGAGAAACCCUAUCCGUGUGUGGAAUGUGGAAAGAGCUUCAGGAAGAGCUCCGACCUCACUUCCCAUCAAAGAAUUCAUACAGGGGAGAAACCCUAUCAGUGCGUUGGAUGUGGAAAGAGCUUCACUAAUAGCUCCGAUCUCACUUCCCAUCAAAGAAUUCAUACAGGGGAGAAACCCUAUCAGUGCGGAGAAUGUGGAAGGAGCUUUAGUCAGAGUGGCCAUCUCACUUCCCAUCAGAGAAUUCAUACAGGGGAGAAACUCUAUCAGUGUGUGGAAUGUGGAAAGAGCUUCACUGUUAGCUCUAAACUCACUUCCCAUCAAAGAAUCCAUACAAAGAUUGGAAAAACCAUUAUACAGCUUUAGGAGCCUGGCAAAUCCACACCAUUUUAACCAGGCCUUUUUCUUAAUGACAUCUAAUGCUAUUUUAACAUGUGAUGUUUUGUGUUUUUAUGUUGUGUUUUUAUAUUCUAAGCCUCCUGAGACCUGUGGGUGUAGGGAAUACAGCCACUCUUAAAUUCCUAGGGGUCUUUGCGCCCCCCCAUAAAAUAUUUGAGGAGGCCACCCCCCAGGUUUUCUUUGUGUGUUUUUUUCAAAUGCAACCUUCUUUUCUUUCACAACUUGCCAUACCAUUUCACUUUCAAUUUGCCCUUUUAAGAAAUUUUUAAAAUCGCACAAAGGUCAUGAGAAAAACAAAAUACAAGAAAAUACAAACAUGGACAGGUCCCAUCUUUGCGGGCCAAACGCAAAAGUUGCUUUAAAGGAGGCUUUCCCAAAGUUGGGUCCCAAGCAGCUCCCGGGACUACAGUUUCCAUCAUCCCUCCCCAUUGGUCCUGCUAGCUAGGGAUGAUGGGAGUUGUAGUCCAAAAACAGCUGGAGACCCAAGUUUGCUUUAAAGGGGAAGUGGGCUGGCCCUGUGACACCCUCUGCUGGCCAAAAGCACUGCCCCAGAAUCUGAACCACCCCCAGUACUGCUAAUUGGAAUUUAUAGAGCGCAAAACUGAAAUUUGAUCGGCACUUCAACCUCUAGGGAGCUUCUAGGUUCUUUCUGCACCACCUAGAGUACCCACAGAAUUGUGUCUUCUACUGGCAACACACAUAGGAGAACAAAUGAAAGACAAACACAAGGGGCAGGGAAAAGUCUGGAAAGGGCCAUACCAAAUGGACAUCCGGUGUGAAGAGGUCACUUUCCCCACUGCUGAACAAUGCCACAGGUAGAGGAGAUGGAAUGCUAGAAGUGUUCUCCAGGGCAAGGGGAG